GAACUGAUUGAUUGGAAGUAAAGCAGCGAAGGCAAGCAGGUAAAGCCCUCACAAGCAAGCACUGUGCCUUCUUCUCCUCUGUGCUCCCCUCCCUUCCUCUUCUCUCCCUUCGAUUUCGCUCUUGCUUCGUUUGAAUCUGUGAAGCUUACCUGAUGCCGAAUUCUCAUCGGGAAUGGCUGAAUUUGUGGAGGUUUUUGAGGUGCUUGAGCUGAUUUUAAUUGUGGGAGGUGGAGAUCUUAAGUUUUUAGGGUUUAAGAUGAAGUUUCUUUGAGAUUGGAGCUUGUGUUUGUGUGUUUGGUUGCUGAGUGGCUGCAAGUUGAGAUCUUUGAGGAGUUUGAGGUAGGAGAUCGAGGGAUUUUGGUGAUUGAAGUUUUGAAGCUGGUGGAGAGGUUUUUGGAGCUCGUGGUUCAGUGGAAGCUUAAGAUUUUGCUGUUUUUGCGCGUUUUGAUGGGUGAGUUCUCGCUGGAAUUAUAGUUUGAAAAAGUAGAUAAAGGUGUGACGAGUGCUUCUCUGGGUUCAAGCUGAAAUCUUUUGGGUUCCUCGGCGUGAAAAGUUCUUUGGUUUCGUAGUUGCGGGGUUUUGGAGGUGGUACUGCUGAGGAACCGGAUGAGAGGGGAGGCGAGUGUUCCCUUCAGUGGAACUGGUUUUGGAUGAACUGAUUUUGGGACAGGUACAAGUGCGUAUUUUCUCAGCAAAGAAUGUUUGUUUGACGCCAGCGAAAUCUGAGGUAUUCUAUUUGAGAAAUGAGCAUACUUGUGGUGCUUAAUUUGGGAGGGUGGAGUUCAACGAAGGCAUGACAGCACUCUUUGGAAGGGACGGAAAAAGAGACGGUUUCUGGUCACAUGGAGUGCCUGGCCUUGAGGGCUUGGCUUGUUUAUUGAGGAUAGGGGUGGGCACUAGUUCUCAGAUUUGGUCUCCUUACCAUUAAUCAAUUUGACGUCUUCCAACAUGAGGCUCUCCUCAUCCGGUCUUGCUCCGCAGAACCAGGAAGGUGAACAGAGGUGUUUGAAUUCAGAGUUGUGGCAUGCAUGUGCUGGGCCCCUUGUGUCAUUACCAGCUGUUGGAAGUCGUGUGGUCUACUUCCCGCAGGGUCACAGUGAGCAGGUAGCUGCAUCAACCAACAGGGAAGUGGAUGCGCAUAUUCCGAAUUACCCAAGCCUACCUCCUCAGCUGAUCUGUCAGCUUCACAAUGUGACCAUGCAUGCUGAUGUAGAGUCAGAUGAAGUUUAUGCACAAAUGACAUUGCAACCACUUAGUGCGCAAGAGCAAAAAGAUCCCUAUCUAGCUGCUGAGUUGGGUGCCCCUAGCAAACAGCCAACCAACUACUUUUGCAAGACAUUGACUGCAAGUGACACCAGUACCCAUGGUGGAUUCUCAGUUCCUCGACGGGCCGCUGAGAAAGUAUUUCCACCAUUGGAUUUUUCACAACAGCCACCUGCACAGGAGUUGAUAGCAAGAGACCUUCAUGACAAUGAAUGGAAAUUCCGUCACAUAUUUCGAGGUCAGCCAAAGAGGCAUCUGCUUACCACUGGAUGGAGUGUUUUUGUAAGUGCGAAGAGGCUUGUGGCAGGGGAUUCAGUUAUUUUUAUCUGGAAUGAAAAUAAUCAAUUGCUUCUUGGUAUCCGACGUGCAAAUCGCCCACAAACUGUUUUGCCAUCAUCAGUAUUAUCAAGUGAUAGCAUGCAUAUUGGCCUUCUAGCUGCUGCUGCUCAUGCUGCAGCUACAAACAGCCGCUUUACCAUAUUUUAUAACCCAAGGGCAAGUCCAUGUGAAUUUGUUGUACCUCUAGCCAAAUAUGUCAAAGCUGUGUAUCACAUUCGUGUUUCUGUGGGAAUGCGUUUUCGGAUGCUUUUUGAGACCGAGGAAUCAAGUGUUCGCCGUUACAUGGGUACGAUUACAGGAAUAAGUGAUCUGGAUCCUGUCCGCUGGCCAAACUCGCAUUGGCGUUCAGUGAAGGUUGGUUGGGAUGAGUCAACUGCAGGGGAUAGACAGCCAAGGGUUUCUCUCUGGGAAAUAGAACCUUUGACAACAUUCCCAAUGUAUCCAUCACCUUUCUCUCUCAGACUUAAGCGCCCGUGGCCACCAGGAUUGCCAUCUCUGCAUGGUAUGAGGGAUGAUGAUAUUGGUCUGAAUAAUCCUUUCAUGUGGCUUCGAGAUGGAGACCGGGGAAUGCAGUCAUUGAAUUUCCAAGGUCUUGGGGUCUCACCUUGGGUUCAACCGAGAAUUGAUGCUUCAAUGCUUGGUCUACAGCCUGACAUGUACCAAGCGAUGGCCGCAGCAGCGCUUCAAGAAAUAAGAACUGUGGAUCCUCUGAAACAGCCAGGUCCAGCUAUGCUGCAAUUCCAGCCUCAGAACAUGACCAACAGAUCCACUCCUUUACUACCUUCUCAGAUGUUUCAGCAGAUGCAAUCUCAACCACAGCACAGCCUUCUCCAGGCUGUUCAAGAAAGUUCAGGGCAGAGCCAAACGCAGUCUCAGUUACUUCAGCGUCAGUUGCAGCAUUGCCACUCAUUUAAUGACCAGCAGCAGCCGCAGCCACAGGUGCAGCUUUCACCACGGCAUCAGCAUCAGCAUCAGCAGCAACAGCAUCAGCAUCAGCAAGUACAGCUGCAACCGCAACAGCAUCAACAAAUGCAACAUCAUCAAAUGGCUGAUCAACAAAUUCCAAACGUUAUGCCAACGCUAUCUCAUAUAGCAUCAUCAUCACAAUCGCAAUCUCCUACUUUCCAAUCGAUGUCUUCUUUUUGCCAGAAGCAGAAUUUUCCUGAAAUCAAUGCCAACCCUGUGCCUACAUCCGGUGUUUCUCCCCUUCAUAGCAUUUUGCGGUCAUUUCCUGCUGAAGAAACAUCAAACCUUCUUGGUCUCCCAAGGGCCAGCUCUUUACUAAAUUCAAAUGGCUGGUCAUCUAAGCGAUUGGCUGUUGAAGCCACGCUUCCUGCUGGAGCUCAAUGUGUUUCUUCUCAGGUUGAACAAUUAGGUCUUCCCCAACCCAAUGUUUCUCAAAAUUCUGGCUCAUUGCCUCCAUUUCCUGGAAGAGAUUGCUUGGUGGAGCAAGAAUGCAGUACGGAUCCACAAAGCCAUCAAUUAUUUGGUGUUAACAUAGACUCUUCAUCACUUCUAGUGCAGAAUGGUUUAUCAAACCUCCGAUCUGUUGGCAGUGAGACAGAUUCUACAUCUCUACCAUAUGCCACUGCAAACUUUCUGAACACCACUGGGUCUGAUUUUCCUUUUAAUCAAGCUCUGACAAGUACUGGUUGUUUAGAAGAAUCGGGUUUUCUACCAUCUCCUGAUAAUGUAGACCAAGUGGAUGCGCAAAAUGGAACCUUUGUCAAGAUCUACAAAUCAGGAUCCUUUGGGAGGUCACUUGACAUUACCAAAUUCAGCAGCUACCCUGAGCUGCGCAGUGAACUUGGGCGUCUAUUUGGCCUCGAAGGACAAUUGGAUGACCCUUUGAGAUCAGGCUGGCAGCUUGUAUUUGUCGACCGAGAGAAUGAUGUUCUUCUCGUUGGCGAUGAUCCUUGGCAUGAAUUUGUGAAUAACGUAUGGUGUAUAAAGAUCCUGUCACCCCAAGAAGUGCAGCAGAUGGGGAAGCAAGGUGUCGAUCUUCUAAAUUCAACCCCGGUCCGAAGGCUUUCCAGCAGCAGCUGCGAUGAGUACGUGAGCCUGCAAGACUCGAGGAAUCUCAGCACCGGAAUCACAUCAGUAGGAUCACUUGAUUACUGAACAACAAACACCAGAACUCUUCCCAUAUUUUGUUACACUUGCACUCGUCGUACACUGGAGCUCUCGAGUAAGUUUAAAUUUCUAGUAUGUGUCGUGCUUUCUAUCAUAUCGUAUUUUCUGAACAUCAUGACCUUCGAAUACCAACACGGGUUGAUCAGAAGACUAAUUUAAUCAAAUUAGCAGCAGCAAAACUCAAUUUCUACGUCUCUCGUAGUAUUUAUCCAAUCGACAUAUUUCCUUUUUUUGCUUAUUUUCAAUGAAUUCAGCAUUGCUGGCUCUUUUCCAGAGCAAUGGCUCACUCAUGUGAUGUGUUUGGUUGACCAUGCCUGGCAUUGCACUCAAAACUGAAAAAGUUUAUCAGUUUGUGGUCACCAAUGAAUCUUAACUUUUUUUUUUGCUGCAUCUUUUGUC